AUGCCUAAAUCUAAGCGGGACAAAAAAGUGUCACUUACUCAGACACGGAAGAAGGGCCUGGAGCUAAAACAGAAAAUAAUAGAAAAAAUUAGAGAGACAGCCGACCUCUAUGCCAACAUUUUCACAUUCUCUGUGUACAACAUGAGAAAUGUUCAGUUAAAAGAGAUACGACAGGAGUGGAGCCACAGCAGGUUUUUCUUUGGCAAAAACAAAGUGAUGCAGAUUGCUCUCGGGAGGACGGAAGAUGAAGAGUACAAAGAGAAUCUUUCUAAACUGACGCGGCAGUUACAAGGACAGACUGGUCUCCUCUUUACAAAUAAAGGGGAAACAGAAGUUUUAAAGUACUUUGAUGGGCUGUACACACCCGACUAUGCCCGAUCUGGCACAGUGGCAGCUCAAACUGUUGAACUUGAGGAGGGUUUAUUACCAGAAUUCUCGCACUCCCUAGAGCCACAGUUGAGGCAGCUGGGACUACCCACAAAGUUAAAAAGAGGAGUCAUACAGCUGCAGAGAGCCCACACAGUUUGCGAAAAGGGUCAAGUUUUGAACCCAGAGCAAUGUAGAAUUUUAAAAUUAUUUGGCCAUAAGAUGUCCAACUUCCACAUCACAAUUCAAGGGAUGUGGUCAAAUUCUGGUAAAUGGAAGACAUUUAACGACAGGCCAGAACCUAUAGUCCCAGAUAGAGUCAAAGUCAAAC